AUAUGUAGUCACGGUGGAAUAAGACAUGAAACACAUAGCUAAAAAAUAUAGUUAAUAAAGCAAAGUUAUGAAUUUUGAAACGUUUGGAGAAUUUUGAAUAAGAAAUCCUGACAAACGAUGUGGACCCUAUUUCUACGUUGGACCCUCUUAAUGAAUUUGGUAUGGAUAUCCAAAAAUGAAAAAUUAUUGUUUAUGAAAACGGAUAAUGACUUGCUAAAAAGAAAUAAUUCUGUGGAGAGUAAUGGCGACUUGCCACAGAUACGUAACUACGCUGACUGUAUUAUUUACGAUUUAGUAGAAGCAGAAAUGAGAAAUUUGUCUUUAACUGAAAUCCGUCAGAACUGUAACGAUUUAUUUAUACAACAGACACAAAUAUGGAAAACUAAUAUGGAGGACAACAACGUAGCCAACUAUGUCGGCCAUUUAUUAAGAGGAGUGCAUUCUGGGAUAGCUGAUUACCAGAAGCGGAAGAAGAGGAGUAUAUUUGGCAUUGGAGUUUUGACCCGGAAGGAAAUAAGAGAGCCCCCAUAUGAAGAUAACUGGGGUCGGUAUGUCAAAGCCGUUAGACGUCUGAAACAGAGCUAUGAUAUUAGACCAGACAUGAACACAUAUGACGUCGUAGCCAAUCUACACACUGCAGAUAAGGUCAUUCCUACAGCUCAUGACGGACCGGGUUUCUUUGCAUGGCAUCGAGAAUAUUUACGAAUAAUGGAGACUGCUUUAGGUUGUCCUAUCCCAUAUUGGGAUACUACACCAGACCAUGCAAUGAACGAUCCCACGGAAUCUGUCGUCUGGUCAGACAAGUACUUUGGCAAUGGUUACGGCAUAGUUCAAAAUGGAAUUAUGAAAAACCUGCCCACUUUACUUCCGAUCAUUCGGAACAUAAACAAUGCCGCAUGGCUUGUAUCCAAAGAUGACAUCAAAAUGGCGUUAGAAAAGCCAACACUAUACGAAUUCACCGAAUCUUCCCCGUGUACUAAAGAAGACAGGACACAAUAUAGUUGGGAAUGUUUUCAUAAAGGGAUUCAUGAUUGGAUAAGUGGUACGAUUGGACCUUCAAAUACAACUACUUUUGAUCCUAUUUUCUUCCCAAUUCACGCGUUUAUCGAUAAAAUAUUUGAAAUUUAUAGGCAAAAAUUAAUUUCAAAAGGCAUCGACCCAGCAGAAAAUUAUCCAACAAAAUCAAUUAAAAACCAUGGUCCGGACCACAAAAUGAUAUGGGUCCCAAUUUUCCCGGAUGUAGAACAUUUGACAAAUCGCCAGGGAUAUGGCCACGAGCUAGCAGCAUUGACAAAGUAUAGUUAUGGACCUGUUUGUCCUGAUUGUAUGAACAGUGAGGAUUUAUACUGCGACGCCAGUAGACAACUAUGUGUUUCAAAAGAACGGGAAGAGAAAGAUAAAUAUGUAAUGACUACAACAGCUACUUUGACACCGACUGGUAUCGCCUUCACUGAUAUACUGGAACCAGAUAAUCAUAUCAGAGUUAAGCGUCUGAUAGAAAGAACAGGACGAUUCCCGUUUGGUAAAAAGUUCAAUGUGGGAUCACGUGAUAUACGCACUCGUAACGACGAAGCAUCAUCUGUUCUUUGACGAACCGGGAAAUAAAUUAGUUGGAA